UUGGAGGCCGUUUUCCAACUUUUCCUGUGCUUCUAGUCACCAUGGAUGACUACCCCAUGUUUUCGAUUUUGGCCUUGUCUGUACUUUGGGCCCCGUUGUUCCGGUUCCUCUUUCCUAUUGGCUUCCAACGCACCUCUAUCUGCUACACCACCAUGAGGUCUGGGAAGUCAACACAGGUGCAUUCAGCCAAAGAGCAGGCAAAAAUAGACCGCCUGCUAGCAAAGAAAAGAAAAGAGGAAGAAGAGAAGGUAAAGAAAAAGGAGGAGGGACUGAAGAGGAAGUUACAAGAAGAAAGGCAGCAAAUGGAGAAGGAGGUUCAGGAGAAGGAGAGCGCCAUGAAAGAGAAAGAAAGGAUGAUGAUGGAGGAGUUGAAGGCCAUAGAAGAAGAGGAAGAAGUGGAGGAAGAAGGAGAGAAGCUGGAAAGAAGAAGUGGUCAACAACGACAAGAACAAGCUGAAAGCAGCCAAAUGGGUGGCAUUCAAAUGUGCCAACUGGAAGCUAGGGACUGGCUAGGACAGUUCGGGUUUCGGGAGGAGCUGCCAGCAGAGAGCGAACUCGAGAAGGAAGUUUUCCUCAAAUUGUUGUCGGAAGAACAUGAUGAGGUGGAAAAACGAUUGUUGGUAGAGGAGAGAAGGGCAGACUUGCAUAACCGCAUGCUGUUGGAGAAGAGAAAAAUGUUUGAUGAGAAGAAGAAGAUGAAAGAGGAGGGGGAAAGAUUACGGAAGUUGCUGCAAGAGCAAAAAGGGAAACAGGUUGCAGUAGAAGAAAGACUCACCCUCCUCAUUGACACCCUCCUCGAUACCAAUGAUCAACCCGUUGUACUCCAUCAAACCGUUAACAAAGUAGAGGCACAACAAAGGGAAUUUGUAGAUAUUUGGAACAAUUUCCUGAAUAAUGCCUCGUCACAGAUAGACUCGCAAGUCCGCUGUUACGUGGAGUUGUUAGAUGAAGCCCUCUGUCAGAAACUUAAAGACCCCGCCGUGUUAAAGCAAUUGAAGAUUGGUGGUGGGAUAGGAGAUAGAGGUGAUGAUGGUGAUAAUGGGGACAGGAAACGAAAGGGAGUCAAGAAAGAGAAGGAUGGAGAAACGAAGGAAGCCAGGCAGAAGAUGAAAGUGAAACUGCCAUGGACUUACAACGGGAAUAAGGAAAAAAAUAGUUUCCAUUGAGGAGCCGCUAUGGGAACGUAUCUGUUCGCACAGAAGAUUCCGUACUGGGACUGGGUAUUGAUGGCAAGUUCGUGUAUGGCAGGGGACGCAAUGAGUUUCGCCAUCUUUAAUGAAAGAGGCUGGAUGCA